AGAUGCUACAGCUCAAAUGACAAUGUUACAAUUUAUAUCAAGUGGACUUCAAAAGGUUGCAGUGCCAUCUACAAUUCACUGUGAUCACUUCGUCCAGGCUCAAAUCAGUGGAGAUAAAGAUCUCGUUCGUUCAGAAGAUAUGAAUAAAGAAGUUUUCAAAUUCUUAGAAACUGCUGCUGCUAAGUAUGGGGUAGGAUUUUGGAAACCGGGGAGCGGUAUCAUGCACCAGAUUAUCCUGGAAAAUUAUGCUUUUCCGGGUCUUUUGCUUAUUGGCACUGACAGUCAUACAACGAAUGGAGGUGGCUUAGGAGGAGUAUGUAUAGGUGUAGGUGGAGCGGAUGCAGUUGAUGUUAUGGCAGAUAUUCCAUGGGAGUUGAAGUGUCCGAAUUUUACUGGAGUCAAACUUACAGGCAAACUAAAUGGUUGGACUUCUCCAAAAGAUGUAAUUUUGAAAGUAGCCGCAAUACUAACAGUUAAAGGUGGGACUGGUUCGAUUCUGGAAUACACUGGUCCCGGAGUUGAAUCGAUUUCUUGUACAGGCAUGGGAACAAUAUGUAACAUGGGAGCUGAAAUUGGAGCAACUACUUCCAUUUUCCCAUAUAACAGAAGAAUGAGAGACUACUUGAUUGCAACACGAAGAGAAGAAAUAGCAAAUUUAUCAGAUCAGUACUACGAUCUAUUAACACCAGAUCCAGGAUGUGAAUAUGACAAAGUGAUAGAAAUCAACCUCGAUGAAUUGGAACCCCACGUAAAUGGACCAUUUUCUCCCGAUCUUGGACAUACGAUAUCUCAAUUGGGGAAAAAUGCUAAGAGGAAUGAUUGGCCGACAGAUGUUGCAGUUGGACUUAUCGGAAGUUGCACAAACAGUAGCUAUGAAGAUAUGUCGAGAGCUGCAUCUGUAGCCAAACAAAUCCUUGAGCAAGGAAUAAAGGCAAAAUCCAAGUUUUACGUCACUCCGGGAUCACUUCAGAUAAAAGAUACAAUCGAAAGAGAUGGACAGGCAGAAGCAUUAAAAGACUUUGGCGGCGUCUUUCUGGCUAGUGCUUGUGGUCCUUGCAUCGGGCAGUGGGAUAGGAAGGAUAUCAAGAAGGGAGAAAAAAAUACCAUAGUUUCUUCCUACAACCGUAAUUUUACUGCCAGGAAUGAUGCCAAUCCAGAGACUCAUGCUUUUGUAACUUCACCGGAAAUGGUGGUUGCUCUCUCUGCUGCUGGUACAUUGGACUUUAAUCCCUUGACAGAUAAGCUUACUAACUCUAAAGGUGAGAAAUUUAUGCUUGAAGAACCGAGAGGUGAAGAACUGCCUGUCAAUGGCUUCAAUCAGAAAGAUGUAAAAUUUCAACCUCCUCCAGGUGAUGGUUCCUCUAUUCAAGUUGAUGUUGAUCCCAAAAGCCAAAGAUUGCAGCUUUUGUCUCCUUUUGAUAAAUGGGAUGGAAAAGAUUUAGAAGAUAUGUUAGUGCUCAUUAAAGUUAAAGGAAAAUGUACAACUGAUCACAUAAGUGCUGCUGGACCAUGGCUGAAAUAUCGAGGACAUCUAGACCAUAUUUCCAACAAUAUGUUUAUUGGAGCCAUAAAUUCAGAAAAUGGGGAAGCAAACAAUGUAAAAAAUAGACUGACUGGAAAGUGGGGUUCUGUACCUGAUACAGCACGAUAUUACAAAGCAAAAGGUGUGAAAUGGGUGGCUAUUGGUGAUGAAAAUUAUGGAGAAGGCAGUAGUCGGGAACAUGCUGCUUUAGAACCAAGACAUCUUGGAGGAAGGGCUGUCAUUGUUAAGAGUUUCGCUAGAAUUCACGAAACAAAUCUAAAAAAGCAAGGUGUAUUACCUUUAACAUUCAGUGAUCCUACUGAUUAUGACAAGAUCCAUCCUUCAGAUAAAAUUUCAUUAUUAGGAUUAAAUGACUUAUCUCCUGGAAAACCAGUGAAAUGUGAAAUCAAACAUGAAGACGGAAAAAUUGAGACAAUCUUUCUGAGUCACACUAUGAAUAAGUUGCAAAUCGAAUGGUUCAAAGCCGGGAGUGCUCUAAAUCGCAUGGCAGAAAUGAAAUCAUCCCAAUUUGUUUAAAUUGAACAAUUCGUUGUUCUUGUUUACAUUCUUAAUUAAUCGUGUCUCGUAUGUUUUUUAAAUAAAAGAUAUUUAUUCUAAAA